UGCGCGUGUGUGUGUGUGUGCGCGCGCUUACAUAUAUAAACAUACACAGGGAAAUGUUGAAUCACGAUAUCUCCAGGAUUUUACUGUUGUUUCGGCCUUCACUACGACGGAGGCCGGUCCUUGCCCGAAACGUACAGCCAAUGCUUUUGCAGCUUCCAGACCAUGUCCGAGCACUGUGGCUCGUUCAAAGAAUCCAAGUGUAUGCCCACCAAGCCUCCACAGCUGUAUACACAGCUUUGGCAAAGGCGACAAGCAGGACCACAACCAUGACCAUAGCUGAAGCCACAGCUAGAGUUGCAAUAGCUACCAGGGCACAACCUGCCUCAAAACUUGCUGCCACAGACAUUCUCUCCGCAGCCUGCCAAACAGGGUCCCUGGAGCAGUACCAAUCUCUCGUGUCAGUGCAUGGCGGGCUGCAUUCCUGCCGGCUGUGCCCUUACAAGACCAAGCGCAAGUCCCGCAUCAGGACACACCUGUGCACACACACAGGCGAGCGCCCCUUCAAGUGCCCCCUGUGCCCGGAGGCAUACACUCAGAGUAACAACCUGACACGGCACAUGCACUGCCACAGGGGAGAGCGUCCCUUUUCGUGUGUGCACUGCAGCGCAUCCUUUUCGCAGCAAAGCAGCCUCUCCGGCCACAUGUCCUGUCAUGCAGGGAAGAAGCCCUAACGGUCUGGGGCUUGCAGCUUUCUUUGUAGAUUAACUAAUUGAUCGAUUCUUUAAUGGCAGUAGGUGACUACAAAACUACAUUGAGAGGUAUCUGGUUUCCUAAAAAAAGUGCCUUCAUGUGACUUCACAUCUCUGCUGCAGCAUAUCAAAGGUUCACUUUUUGCCUUGAAUGAGGAUUGGCCUAAAAUGUGUUAGUAACUGUGAGAAUAAAUUUAUCUAAAUUACAUAUGAUGUAAGAAGUUAGCAAAGAAAUAGAUCUAAUUUAGACUGGGAUACAGAUGUAAGUGCCAAAUGUGUUGUUUCUUACAAACUUAUCACCACAUUGGAGAUAAUGUUCACAUUUGUUAUAAUUUUUGUGCUUCCUAGAUCAAGUUCUUCUGUUUUAAUAACAACCUCUUGUUUAAUAGUACAGCUAGACUGACAUAUUACACAUUGUUUUUGUACAGGCUAAUCCAUUAUGGCAGUUGUAAUGUUGUCAAGCUGUUCACAAGCUGCAGUGCAAAGUUUAAUCACCGUUUGUUCUCGACCUUAAAACGUCCAGCUUGUGGUCGAGCAUAAGCUAAUCCUCUUGACACCUGUGCUCGUUUGUCUUUCUCAGGUGACUGCUUUUCACCAUCUAACAAAUGUUAUUGCGUAGUGCGGGAAGUCCGCUGUCUGUUGCCACCGAAACUUGUGUCACCUAAUUGUGUGCGCGAAGUGAAUUGCGUAAUACUCUCGGAAGACACGCAGGAACCAGCAGCUAAUCUGGAACAUUCAAUGACUCAUGUUAAUAGCCAACACGCUUGACCCCGCUGAUCAGGUUUCACCGAUCAUCGAGUGUGUUUGCCACUAUCAUUGUGCUUUGAGUGUAGCCUGUGUUUUUGGGCACAGGUUCGCCCAAUGAAGGGUUAGUUUUGCCAUUCACAGUUUUGCUACUGUGUUCUUGACCGGCACUACCACAUGACACUAUAACACUGGUUAGCUUUGCACACCAAGGCAAUGACAUGAGUAAGUGGGCACCAGAACUCUUGAGAAGCCAUUGUUGUUGUUUAGUUAUGUCACGGGUGUGGAACAUUACAUGACACAUAUGUAGGGUCCAUUGUUUUCUGGUAAAAGCAAAUCAUUCCCUAUUUUUACACCCUGAACAAGAUUAUUAAAAUUUAGUUGAACCUGAUUUCUCCUCAAAAUUUACUUUCUCGUAAAAAUAAUAAGUGCACUUGUUGAAAAGCUAAUGAAUGCUGCCCGUCUUUUGUGAGGAAGUAGUCAAGCAUACACCUCAUUGUCUCUUAACAUUCAAGCGACAACUGGAAUACAUAGAAAAAUAAUAUUUCAGCACAGCUGGCAUUGAGUGAAUAACAAAAGCUUCUUGCUUUUUUUCUUUUUUAGUAGCUUCGUUUACAAAAGUACAACAUUGGCAUAUUGCAUUGGAUGUCCCGGACAUAGCAUACAUGUAAAUGGUGGUAAUGCGCCAGGAAGCAAAUUAACGCAGUGCUGACAUUGCUCUGCAUUGCAAAUGGUAGCUGUGAUGUUGAGAGGAUGUUUAUCCAACUAACUACAUUGCAUUCAAGGAACGGUUGCUGAUUCGUCUAGUUGAUACUGCCGUAUUCUUCUGCGUAUAACCCACCACAUCCCCACUUAAACAGAUCACUAAAAAGCAAAAGAAGAAAACCGCGAGUAUAGCUCGCAGCAAUGACUGCAUAUAGUAACACUCACACCUUUGCAAAAACAGUCUUCAUUCACGGACGCACUGCUCGCCCAUGUUGUUUCUUUGGCCAGCUGCUCUGUUCCUCACCCCUCUCCCCCUUCAGCGAUGCUGAUAAUCUUCAGCUUCUCCAGCACAGUAAGGGCAGCCAUGAUUGUGCACUAUUUCCUAACUACUAAACUUAAUAUUGCCACUCGUAAAGAGGAUGAAGGAGGGGAGAAGAGAGCUUCAAUAGCCAGGGAGGGGGGGGGGGGAGUUUACCUAGGAGAUAACGAAAUUUUGAAUGGCCGAAAACCUUGCCUUGAGUUGUGACUUUAUGGUGGCAUGUUUAAAUAUGGCUUCGCGGCAGUAGGCACGGUGCUGCUGAGAAGCCACACCUCAAGUCAAAAUUUGCAUGUAAUUUGCAGCCCAACUUUACUGUUAAAUUUUUGGUGCAGGUUAUACACGCAUUGUAUGGUGCAACAAUUUUGUUUCAAGAGUAUAGAGGACCAGUAAAAUCAGACUACAGACAAAAGGCUGAACAAGUAACCCCUACACACAGAAAUGUUCUCAAUGCCUAGCUAUGAUAAUGCUCAUGAACAAGGGCUUGUGGGGUAACGAAAAACAUUACACAUCCUGUGAAGCAUGCUCGUGUGUGCUACUUUUUGUACUUUUCUUUCUCUGUCAAAGAAGUGCAGAGAACAAAGUAAAGAAGGGCUCACUGAUCCCAUCUCUGUUUGUUGCUUUUGGUAAUUGGAUUUCGUUGAAAUGUAUUAAUAAUAUCUGACAACAAAGAUGUGUAGAGAUAAAUUCGUAACACGAUUAGCGAGCCACUCUAUUUGCCAUUACAUUACUGUGUGAGUGAUCUCGCUUGUUUAAAUAGAAUGUUUGUGUUCAAAAGGAAAGACUGUUGCUUGUAUUAAUUGUUUAUAAAAGGUACCAGAAAAAUCCAGAACAUUUAACUGCCAGAUAACUGAACUCCCAAAGUCUGGUCCUACAUCUGGUGCCCAACGUGGGGCCAGAUGUGGGGUCUCAAACAUGCUCUUUGGACAAAGAAAUGACAACACAAUAGUGCAAGCAAUCUUAAGGGCAUUUAUUGCACCUUUCAUACAGUAAUGCCUGCUAGCCAAAUUACUGUCCAUAUAACAUGUCGGUGGGCGUGUAACAAAUCGAGGAAGUCCGAGUCACUGCAACCAGAUAGCCAGUGAAUAUGCUUGGCCCCCUUGCUGGACACCAACGCCUAAUCCUUUGCACGUACGGUCACGCAAACAGUGGAGCAUUCAUACAAUCAUGUUUGUCCUUUCCGGUGUCCUGCUCCCAAGCAUUUCACAGGAUGGUCCCUCAAACGGUGGGCGAGCGCGCGAAAUGUCUACACAGCUCCUCAACUCCAAGCCAAAGAGGCAGGCUGCUUAAAUUUAGACAACAGUGACAUUGAUUAGCAUUGAUGUCCAGGGGUCAAGCUCAGUGGCAGUGCUUUAUUCUUGUUUGAGGGCCGCUUUUCUCUUAAUUAAGGUGUGAGCUUUGGCUUUAAUAGAUGUCAUGUUUGGUGACUGUUAAAAGAGUCUUUACCUGUACUGAAUGACAACACUUUAGAUUCAUUGAGUGAGCAUUGGCAGGAGCAUUGAGGCAUUUGUUGUUUGAAAGAGGAGACAGUUUGAUCAAGACUGAGUGUAUACAGAAGUUAGCGUUCAAUACAAUGAUGCUCUCUUAUAUAUAUCAGAUCGUAAUUUGUUGUGAAGUGUAGCAUCGUGCUCUCAACCUAUAUAAUUUUUUCCAUACAAGGAAAAAAAGGUU